AUGGCAGUCAUGAAGGAGCUUCUCAGGGCCAGAAACCUGCUGUUGGUUGUCCUUAUUCCACUUCUGCUGCUUCCUUUGCCACUCCUAUAUCCCAGCAGUGAAGCCUCGUGUGCUUAUGUGCUCAUAGUGACAGCUGUGUACUGGGUCUCAGAAGCAGUACCCCUCGGCGCCGCUGCACUAGUGCCUGCUUUCCUCUAUCCACUGUUUGGAGUGAUGAAGUCCAGCGAGGUAGCUGCAGAAUAUUUCAAGAACACAACUUUGCUCCUCCUGGGAGUGAUUUGUGUGGCAGCUUCUGUAGAAAAGUGGAAUCUACACAAGCGGAUUGCCCUGCGCAUGGUCAUGAUGGCUGGAGCAAAGCCAGGCAUGUUACUACUUUGCUUUAUGUGCUGCACCACCAUCUUAUCCAUGUGGCUUUCCAAUACAUCUACCACAGCCAUGGUGAUGCCAAUUGUAGAGGCAGUGCUACAAGAGCUGGUGAAUGCUGAGGAGGAGUGUGAGGUCAUCAGCACUUCAGGCAACACCAUUUCUGAAGAGAAGGAGCCAAACGGUCUCAGCGAAAAUCACGGUCAAACUUCACUGGAGCUCAUUUUCAUCAAUGAGGAUGCUACGACCACAGACUUCAGCUCCCUGAUGCAUACCAAGAAUACGAAUGGUGUACACAUGAUAGCCAACCCAAUUGGAACUGUGAAUUCCAAAACCAAUGGGCAGCAUUUACCUCAGACUCAGAUACUUGUUCUGCCUUCGAACUCCAGAGACCUGGAUUUGAGUACCAAAUACCGAUACCAAUCUAGACAUGAUCAUAUGGUCUGUAAGUGCCUCUCACUGAGCAUCUCAUACGCUGCAACCAUUGGGGGACUGACCACCAUUAUAGGCACAUCCACUAGCCUCAUAUUCUUAGAGCACUUUAACAGCCAUUAUCCAAAUGCUGAAGUGGUGAAUUUUGGAACCUGGUUUUUGUUCAGCUUUCCCAUCUCGCUCAUAAUGUUGGUUCUGACUUGGUUUUGGAUGCACUGGCUGUUCCUGGGUUGCAAUUUUAAAGAGACUUGUUCUGUGAGCAAGAAGAAGAAGACCAAACGGGAAGAAUUGUCAGAGAAAAGAAUUCGAGAAGAAUAUGAGAAAUUGGGAAACAUUAGCUAUCCUGAAAUGGUGACUGGUUUUUUUUUCAUCCUGAUGACCUUGCUUUGGUUUACACGGGAGCCUGGUUUUGUACCAGGCUGGUCAUCCUUCUUUGAGAAGAAAGGCUACCGGACUGAUGCUACUGUCUCUGUAUUCCUUGGCUUUCUUCUUUUCCUGAUCCCAGCAAAGAAACCACGUUUUGGAAAGAAGGAGGAAGGAGAUGGAGAGAAUUCUGCAAACAUUAACUCAAUGGAGCCAAUAAUUACCUGGAAGGACUUCCAGAAGACUAUGCCCUGGGAGAUUGUAGUUCUUGUUGGAGGAGGAUAUGCUUUAGCAGCUGGAUGCAAGACCUCUGGCCUUUCUACAUGGAUUGGGCGCCAGAUGUUGUCUUUGAGCAGCCUCCCCUACUGGGCUGUUACUCUGCUGGCCUGCAUUUUGGUGUCCAUGGUAACAGAGUUCGUUAGUAACCCAGCCACCAUAACUAUCUUCUUGCCUAUUUUAUGCAGUAUGUCAGAAACCCUGCAUAUCAACCCUUUAUACACUCUGAUUCCUGUAACCAUGUGUAUCUCUUUUGCUGUGAUGCUGCCAGUUGGCAACCCUCCAAAUGCCAUUGUCUUCAGUUAUGGGCACUGCCAGAUCAAAGACAUGGUGAAAGCUGGGCUGGGUGUAAAUCUGAUUGGUCUAGUGGUUGUCCUGAUAGCCAUCAACACUUGGGGAAUUAGCCUUUUCCAGCUGAAUACGUUUCCAGACUGGGCAAGGGUCAGCAAUGUAACUGGUCAGUUGUAAUAAGCAGUGACAAAACUUGCAAAACCAAAGCAGGCAGGGGCAAAUAUUUCAUCUAAAUUGCACAUGUAAAAGAAAGGAAGAAACUUGAGUGUAUAUAGAUCCAGGAUCCAGAGCAAAACAUAAAGCAAGUCCACAGGUUGUUCUCCUAAAAAAAGAUACCUUGCCCUUUAUUUCCUAAAGUGAAAAUUUGCAUUGCUUUUUCACUUUUUAAAAUCACCGUGAAACAAGACAGAUUUGCUUUGAUUUAUUGCUUCUUUCCCUGUGCUACCAUAAUUCUACAAGAAAAUCCAACUUAGAGCUUCCCUUACACUA